AUGUUUUCUAACCGGGUUUUAAGCAAACUUUGUUGCUUUGCAUUCAGCGGCGUCCCGUCUCUAAAACGAGUCCUGAAAAUGUCUGCUAUGAAUAGAAAGGUGAUCCAGGCCCUCGCCGAAGCUAUCUCCAAAAAGGUGGAGCACUUCGACAAAAAAGAGACGGAGUGCCUCAUCUGGGAGUACAACGAGCUGGUGGGGGAGCAGCCCAGCCCCGGGAGGGCAUCAGCCGGCCUGGACAGAGGCCGGUUCAGGGGCAUCCUGCACAACCUGUUCGGGAUGACGGACGACAUGAUCAUGGACGGAGUCUUCAGGACGUUCGACAAAGACAACGACGGCUUCAUCUCCGUGGAGGAGUGGAUCGAGGGACUGUCCGUUUUUCUUCGGGGGACGUUGGACGAAAAAAUAAAGUGCAAGUUUUCAGCUUUGCUUUUCUGUCCUUACUGA